AUGGCGGAAGAACUCCAGGCUGUCUUCAACAGCAACUGGUGGCAGUUGUGCCUCAUGGUCUUCCUGCUUCAGGGCUUGCUUGAACUUGAGCUGCGCAAUCGUAAGCAUGCUCUUGGCACGCUUCUCGUCCUCGCUCUGCGCCAUGAUGGCGGCGCGGAUCGUGUGCUGCUGCUGCUGCUGUUGCUGCCGGUUGGUGUAUUCGCAUCUUCCACAGAUCUGCCCUCUGUGUCCCCCAAGGGAGCUUCAAUCAUGACUACAAAUGAUGCAAUUGAGGACGAGCUGACGUCCAUAAACUCCAUCUUUGACGAAGGGACUCUCUCAGCAGUGGAUACAGAGGCAAGAAUAUACAGCCUACAGCUACCGUCUCUUCCAUCAGUCAUACUCCGCAUCGAAUUUCCACCAGACUAUCCAGAUGCACCACCUUCGAUAUUGGGCACUCAAUCCGUAGGUCAGGAUGUCCCCAAAGGUAUGGGCACGCGGGCCGUGGACGUCAUUAGGGAUGUCUUGGCGGAGGUGUAUCGACCCGGUGAAGCGUGCAUUUACGAUUUGCUCGAGGAAUCAAGAGAAGUCUUGGAAAGGGCAGAAGAGCAAGGGGAAAUACAUCUACACGAGCGAUUUGAAGAGUUGUCAGUAGACCAUGAAACCGCUAGACAUGUCCCUACGCCGACCAUCGAUUUAGGCCCAGAACCGCCUUGGAUCAUCGCACCCGCGCUCGUUGAGAAGAAGUCAACGUUCAUAGCCCGUGUGGCGCCAGUCUCGUCACCAGCACAGGCCAAGCAGUACGUUGCCCAUCUUUUGGCUACGGACAAAAAGGCUGCCCGUGCAACUCACAAUAUGACUGCUUGGCGCAUCAAAGGGCCCAAUGACACCAGUUAUCAAGAUUGCGACGAUGAUGGUGAAACAGCUGCUGGGUCACGUAUGCUGCAUCUCAUGCAGCUAAUGGAUGUAUGGAACGUCAUGGUCGUAGUGACGAGAUGGUAUGGUGGCAUACUGCUUGGACCGGAUCGUUUCCGCAUCAUCAAUACGGCAGCACGAGAAGCUCUUAUCUUGGGGGGGUUUACGAAAGACGGCAAAGACAAUGAUCCUAAAAAGAAAGGGAAGAAAUAG